UACUGGUCUAGCAUUAUGCUCGGCUUUCUAUCUUGUCUUCUGUUUUUGGUUGGAAUCAGCGAUUGCUUAGAAGAUGACUCCAGUAACAAUAUUACCUGCCCUAAUCCACCAGCAGAUAAUGCUACAUAUCCUCUACAGUUUGGUAGUAUGACUGGUAGCUAUUACUUUGCUGCUAGGAUCAAUUCUGACAAUGAAGACUUUAUCGAUUUUAAAUUAUCAGGUCAAGCAAAAGGAUGGGUAGCAGUGGGAUUUUCUGCUACCAGAGCAAUGUCUGCAAAUGACGUGUUUGGUUGUAAGAAAGACUCAAGUGGUUCCACAGUUUAUGCCCUCGAUACAUGGAAUCCAACAAAGCACUAUGCUUCCAAUGUACUCGAUGGCAGUCAAAAUGGUGUAUGCCAGUACCACACUGAGUACACCAAUGGACGGAUCAAUUGUGUAUUCAGUCAUUACAUUCAUGUCAUUAAUGAAGGCCAGGACUAUGACUUGAACCAGUCCCUUUAUCGAAUAUACUCAGCACUCAGUGAUAAAGGAGGGCCACAUUUGGAGCAUCUUCAUAAACACUCUUUCACUCCUAGCAUGACAUCAAAGAAAUCAAAUAUAAUUGAUGACAUUAAUAACAAUGGCACUAGUGGAACACCAAUCUGGCCUAGGAAAAUCCUCCUUAAAUGUCAUGGUAUAUUCAUGAUAACAUCGUGGCUAUUACUAGCUACAUCAGGUAUAUUCUUUGCUGCCUGGAUGAAACCAGUACUGCCUAAUGGAGAAUGGUUCAUAGCUCAUCGGAUACUAAUGAUAGUGUCACUCUUUGUUGGUAUGCUAGGAUUCAUGCUACCAUUCAUUGCUAACGCUCAGUAUGUGGUACCAGGAUUCCUCUAUUUUUCUGGACUUACGGCAGCUCAUUUUGUUAUUGGAGUUAUUGUCAUGACUCUCCAAAUAGCAAAUCCCAUUAUAGCUCUAUGUAGAUGCAAGCCUGAUAGUAAAAGGCGUUGGAUAUUUGUUCUCAUUCAUGGACACUUGACUGGAUACAUUGUCUUGCUGUUAGCAUUGGUAAACAUUGGCAUUGGAAUAUCUCUACUCCUUCAAGGGAACAUUGCAUUGAUAAUUUAUAUCAUUCUUGUGAUAUUGUAUCUGAUGAUUCAAGUUGGAGUCUUUGUUGCAACAACAGCCUUUGCAUAUCGUUAUGGUAAUGGAGAAGAUAAAAAGGAGUUGCUGCAUAGUCUCUUCAAAUAUAUGUAUUAUUUUAAGAAGGAUCCAUUAGACACAGGUUUCCCAAUGGAAGCAAAGAUCUGUGAAGAUCCAGAAGAAGAGAAAUUGGUCAAAAGCAACGAAGUCUCUGAGACUGAACUGAAGGCUAAAUUUAGAUUGUGUGGAUGGGGCUCAAUCAUACUGCAGAUGCUGUUCUUAUCACUGACUAUCACCGUGUUUGUUGCCAUCAUUGCAGUUUCAAAGUGACCCAAUGAUAUUAACUAUUAUUACAAACUGUUAUUAAUUCAUUCAUUCAUUCACAAUAUCAUUCAGUAUCAUUUAGAUCAACAGUAUAUAGUCUCAUUAAUAA